CACAGGCACAGAGGUCACUAUCGGGUACAAGCACAGUGUCUUCCAGGAAAGCGUAGGUGGAGGGUGAGAGGGCAGUCACGUGGCAGAAAGAGGAAGCUCUGCGGAGGGAGAGGAGGGGAGACCGAGAGGGAAGGGGGAUUUUUGCUCCCCCGCCCCUCUCAGCCUCUCCAGCUGUUCUCCUCGCCCCUGGGUUACUAGUUCCUGCCCACACCGGGCGCAAGCGCAGAAGAGAAGCGAGCCAACCACCCUCUGCCGCUGUUUACCAAGCCCGGGGUUCCCCACUGCUCCCGAGGACCGUUCCCUUUGGAAGAUGUAACCACGAGAGCGGUGGCAACUUUGCCAACCGUCAGGGCGAUGCUCUUCUCGGCUGCGGGCCUGGUGCUGCUGCUCGCCUCCGGGGAGCUGUCGCGCUUCCCCAGCGCAGCCGCACAAAUUGGUCCUCCAGAAGUACAAUUAGAAGCUGAAGAUACAUCAAUAAUAAUAAACAUUUCUCCUCCACGAAUAACAAAUAGUAGCAUGUGGGCUACUCAUAUCUCAAGUUUUACAUACAGUUUAAUUAUUUGGAAAAAUUCUUCACAUGUAGAAGAAACCAGACAUACUGUUUAUUCCAGAGAUAAAAUUAAUGAUCUCUCUCCAGAAACUACUUAUUGUUUAAAAGUUCAAGCAAAAUUACCUAUACAGAAAAAAAAUGGUCCCUACAGUCCAAUACUGUGUAUAAAUACUACAGCUGAACAUAAACUACCUCGUCCGGAAAAUGUAGAAGUUGAUGCUGUAAAUAACUAUGUUCUUAAAUGGGAUUAUCCAUAUGAAAACAUGAACUUUCAAGUUCAGUAUCUCCUGGCCUAUUAUAAAAGAAUUCCAGAAGAUUACUCAGAUAAGUGGAAAACUAUAUCUGAUUGUAAAAAUAUCGUAAGUAGACAUUGCGACUUCUCAAAAGAAAUCACCAAAGAUGGAAUUUAUUAUCUGCGUGUACAAGCUUCAAAUGGAACUAUCACAUCUUUUUGGUCUGCUGAGAGAAAAUUUGAUACUAGACUACAAACCAGAAGAGGCCCUCCAAGCAUAAUAGUGAAACCUGAUAAGGAUUCAUUCUCUGUUUACAUUAGUAUUCCAGGGGAAUCUGAAAAAAAGCCAAUGAGCCAGGAUUAUCCACUAACUUAUGAAGUUACUUACUGGGAAAAUUCUUCAAAUAUUGAGAACAAAGUGACAGUAAAACAGAAAUUAUUUAAAGUUUCUAAUUUGAAGCCCCUGACUCUAUAUUGUUUCAAAGUCAGAGCAUUUCUUGAGGAUGAAAAGAACGACAAACACAGUCAAUUUAGUAAUAUUGAAUGCGAGAAAAUAACACCAGAUGAACAUGGGAAAACCUGGAUUGCAGUCAUUUGCUUUGUAUUUAUCAUAGGACUGAUCUUCAUAGCUUAUUGUUUAAAACAUCUACUAAGAUGGGUAAAAUAUGUGUUCUAUCCAUCUUGCAAACCUCCUUCAAAUAUGGGUGAGUGGUUCUCUGAUCAGCCAUUGAAAAAUUUCCUUGUCACUUCAGAAGAGCAAACAGAAAGCUGUAUAAUUGAAAAAACAAAUAUUAUUGUGUCAGAAGAAACAAAUCAAAAUGGAAUAAGUGUUGAUAUUUGCAGUAAGCAAGACAGUCAUGAUUCAGGAAACUACUCCAAUGAGGAUGAAACCAGUAGCAAUAAAAUGACUGAAGAAACACUAUAACAGUAAACUAUGCAACAAGAAACCCUCUGAUGUAUUACCUCUCCAGAGUUCUGACUGGGAGCCUGAGUCCCAUGCCGUUCUUAGUAAUUCUAAGAGAAUUUUUGACAGAAAUGAAGUCUAACCCUAGACUUUGAGCCCAAAAAUUCUUAUAUUGCUCCUACAUUUAUAAAUGUCUUCAAGGUUCAUUCUUUGAGUUUUAUCCAGAAGUUGGUUACCCACCUCUCUAGAUGACGUCUUCUAAAUAUUAUUGUUUGUCACUGUUUUAUGGCUCAGGAUGUUAACUGAAUUCAGCAUGUUACUUAUCGCUUUGUGGCCAAAUUGUAAUCUUUUCAUUUAAUAUUAAAUUGUCUUAUCUUUCAGAAGAGAUAUGUAACCUUUGGGCAAGUCAUAAGGCAAAAUCUUUUUUUUUUUUCCUGUGCUCUCUUCUGUGCUUACUUAGGCAAUCUGCUGGGAAGGCUGUUGAGAAGAAACUAACAAACUCAUUCUGAACAGCAUGCCAUCAGUGUCCUGUACAAGUUUCAUUGAGAGCCAGCUAAAAGCAGUUUUUUGUUUUGUUUUAAAACAGCCUUAAGUACCAGAAAGGAAAAUCUUGUGAACCACACCCACCAGUUGCUAGAAAUUUCAAGUUGAACUGCCCCUGACUUUGUAGUAAACCUUUAAACAUCCUUUAA